CUGCUGCAGCUCUCCUUGCAGGGGCGGAUCCAGGAUUUGAACAUUGGGGGGGCCAAAACUUGUGCCGCUACAUUCAUUGUCGAUGGUACUCUAAUUACUACAUCAAGCUGAAGCGUCUGAGUAUUCGAAUUGCUUUCCUCUCACAUUCGUGACAUUCUUCACAUGCAGGUACUCCUUAUCUACAACUCUAUUUGCCAUCAAACAAAAAUAUAUAUAGCUUUCACCUGCUCAACUUCACCUAUAGAGCCCAGUAAAUUCUUCACUGUUGACCAACAUAACUCGAUGUUUUUCAGGGGGUCUAUUUGUUGAUCGCAAAAUGCCUCUAUUUGGCAUCCUAUUAUCAAUAUAUACACUAUUUCCAUUCCCUGAAUUUUGUAAUAGCAGAUCUGGAGUUUGUCAAUGUUUUUCUUUGGCUUAGUUUAUCCUUUGUUGAAUGUUCAUUGUAUCUUAUUCUUUGGAACACUCCAGUCUAGUAGAUAUGGAGUCUGUCAAGUCUGCAACUGAAGAGUAGAGACCUCCUCCACACUGACAGCACCCUACUUUUAUCUUUCUCGUUGUUAGCGACCUCAACGCCACUGGCUACGCAAUAUGCUUCAGUGUUGGGAUAAACCUUCACCAUGAUCCACCAACUUUUGGUUUCUCCGGACGACAAUUUUGAAAAGAGAUCUCUGCUUGAGUGUCUUCAAAUUUUGCUCAUGAGAAGAGAGCUAAAAGCAGGACUGAUCCAGGAUUUACACAUGGACUGGGGUGGGGGGGCCAUGGCCCCCCCAAGUCACUAUGUAAAUCCGCCUCUGUCUCCUUGUCUCCCGCUUCGACGGCUGCCCGAGGCGAAUGUGAAUCUAGGGUUCCGGCUUUCUGCGGGAAUGGGGUGCUUCCAAUCCAGAACCUCCAACCUUCACUCCCCCGAGGACGAUCCAAAUUACGGCGACAAGCCAGAUCACGAAGCUAAUGACGAGGCGGGGGACCAGGAUCAGGUGCCGCACUUCAAGGAGUACGGGCUGGCGGAGCUGCGGGCGGCGACGAAGGGCUUUAGUUCGGAGCUGAUAGUUUCCGAGAGCGGAGAGAAGGCGCCCAAUGUUGUGUACCGGGGGAAGCUCGACGGCGGGCGACUGGUGGCCGUUAAGAGGUUCUCCAAGCAGUCCUGGCCCGACGCUCAGCAGUUUGUGAUGGAGGCUGCGGGGUUGGGGAAGCUCCGGCACAAGAAGCUGGUGAACCUCAUCGGAUGCUGUGCGGAGGGUGACGAGAGGCUUCUUGUGGCCGAGUUCAUGCCAAAUGACACGUUGUCCGGGCACCUUUUCCAUUGGGAUAAACAACCUCUGCCAUGGGCAAUGCGUGUUAGAGUGGCAUUUUACAUUGCACAAGCACUUGAUCAUUGUAACUCUGAGAACUGGAGGAUAUAUCAUGAUCUGAAUUCUUAUAGAGUUCUUUUUGAUGAGGAUGGAGAUCCUCGUUUGUCUAGCUUUGGUCUCAUGAAAAAUAGUCGAGAUGGGAAAAGUUAUAGCACUAACCUAGCUUACACUCCCCCUGAAUUCUUGCGAACUGGAAGAGUAAUCCCAGAGAGUGUAAUAUAUAGCUAUGGCACUGUGCUUUUGGAUCUUUUGAGUGGGAAGCAUAUCCCCCCAAGUCAUGCACUAGAUUUGAUAAGAGGAAAGAGCAUGUUGAUGAUAAUGGAUUCAUCCUUGGAUGGGCAAUAUGCUAAUGAGGAUGCUACAAAGCUAGUGGAACUUGCUUCGAAAUGUCUACAAUUUGAGGCUAGAGAUCGACCUAAUUCUAAGUUUCUUCUUUCUUCUGUAGCACCACUUCAAACUCAGAAAGAGAUUCCAUCACAUACUUUAAUGGGCAUAACCAAGACAGAACAGGUGCUGCCAACAAUGCUAUCACCACUUGGAAAGGCUUGUGCAAAGAUGGAUCUAACUGCUGUGCAUGAUAUAUUGCUCAAGAUAGGUUACAAAGACGAAGAAGGGGCAGAAAAUGAGCUUUCCUUUCAAGAAUGGACACAACAAGUGCAAGAGAUGCUGAACACGAAGAAAUUUGGUGACAUUGCAUUCAGAGAUAAGGAUUUCAAGAAUGCUAUCGAAUACUAUUCCAAGCUUGUGGCAAUGAUGUCUGUUCCUUCUGCAACUGUCUUUGCAAGGCGGAGCUUGUCAUACUUGAUGAACGAGCAGCCAGAGCUGGCCCUACGCGAUGCUAUGCAAGCUCAGGCAUGCAUGACCGAGUGGCCGACAGCCUUCUACUUGCAAGCACUUGCCCUCUCUAAGCUUGGAAUGGAAACUGAUGCACAAGAUAUGCUCAAUGAUGGAGCUACCUUUGAAAUGAAGAAGCAGAACAACUGGCGUGGCUAGAAAGGUUCGGUGUGACCAAUCAACUGUAUGUUUCUUCUACCUGUGUCAAGCAUUCUCUUGGGUGUCAAUAUGAAAGCGAAAGCCAGCUACUGUGGUACAUACAAAAUCAUCAUGAGAACUAUUCGGUAUUUGCAAUUGUUCGAGUAUGAAUUUAGUUGUCUUUGGGUCGUUAAUUAUUGGCUCUGUAAAAGAAUGUGCAACGAUGCUGCUAGAUUACAAAAAUGUGAACUUGUAUCACAAUGUGUACUAGAAUUCAAUAAAGAUGUAAUAUGCCUUUUGCUGCUGUUGGUUCGAAAA